ACCAGUCUCUCUCUCUCUCUCUCUCUCCCUCUCUACCCGGCCUUUUAACUCGCUCUUAGUUAAAAUCCAAAUCAACGAAGAGAAAGAAGAAGCAGUUGGAAUCUUCUUCCUUCUCUUCUGCUUCUUCAUUUCCAUUCCAUCUCAUCAAACUCCAGUUUCAGCUCUCUCAUUUCAUAUUCUAGAUCUUGAAAAGAAGAUGACGAAGCAGAAUGUGGUCGUACCGGAAGCCGGAGCUAUAACGAAAUCUGACAUUAACAUGGCGAUCGCGGUCGCCGUCUCUAACUCAUCUCUCUUCCCUUACGCCGCUCCGCCCCCGCCCUCCACCCCUGCUGGAAGCUACUUUGCCAUUUCUAGAAAGAAGCUGCUGAAGAAGCUGGAGACUGGAGGAAGAAUCAAUGCCUGGGUCGAUUCCAUGAGGGCUUCUUCUCCUACUCGUGCUAGAUCUAACGCUGCUGCGGCAGUCGAAGAUCAGAGCUCUUGGAUCCUCCAUCACCCGUCAGCUUUGAGCAUGUUCGAGCAGAUCACAAACGCUUCGAAAGGAAAGCAAAUCGUUAUGUUCCUCGAUUACGACGGCACGCUUUCACCGAUCGUUGAUGAUCCGGAUCGAGCUUUCAUGUCCGAAGCGAUGAGAGCGGCUGUGAGAGACGUUGCGAGAUAUUUCCCGACUGCUAUCGUGAGCGGGAGGCGCAGGGACAAGGUGUAUAGCUUCGUACGGCUGGCAGAACUGUACUACGCGGGCAGCCAUGGCAUGGACAUCAGGGGGCCGGCCAAAGGCAAGAAAUACAAGAAAGGAAAGAAAGCUGUUCUGUUUCAACCCGCGAGCGAGUUCUUGCCCAUGAUAGACGAGGUUUAUAAAACGUUGGUGGAGAAAACAAAAUCCACUCCAGGCGCUAAGGUGGAGAAUAACAAGUUCUGCUUGUCUGUGCACUUCCGCUGCGUUGAUGAGAAGAGAUGGACUGCGCUAGCGGAGCAGGUUAGAUCAGUGGUCAAGGAGUAUCCAAAGCUGCGGCUUACUCAGGGAAGGAAGGUAUUAGAGAUUCGUCCUACCAUUAAAUGGGACAAAGGGAAGGCUCUUGAAUUUUUGUUAGAGUCGCUCGGAUUCGCGGAUUGUAACGAUGUGUUGCCAGUGUACAUAGGAGACGAUCGGACGGAUGAAGAUGCUUUCAAGGUUUUGCGUGAUAGAGGACAAGGAUUCGGUAUACUCGUUUCCAAAAUCCCAAAGGAUACUAGUGCAUCGUACUCACUCCAAGAACCCUCCGAGGUGAUGGAUUUUUUGCAUCGCUUAGUGGAGUGGAAGCGUCUCUCACUGCAAGGACAUCCAAGCCUGUAAAUAAGACAGGAAAUUACCUCACCACCCCUGAAGAAAAUGUCUACGGGUGGUGGAGGAAUUUGUAAUUCCCUUCUCUGGAAACAAAGGAAAAUAGGCCCCUUUUCUACUCUUUGUUUUUUUUUUUUUUUUUUCUUUUUUCUUUUUCCUUUUUUUCUCUUUAUUGAAAGCCUUUGUAAAUUGGCUUUCUUCCUGCCUCUCAACACGAGAAUGUCUCUUGUAAGUGGUUUCUAUUUUACGUUUAAUGAAAGGGCGAAUAUGUAAUUUUAUCAA